CAAGCCAGUCAGUUCGUUCGCGUUUUCCGUCGCAAUUGCCUGGCCCGAAGUCCAGUGUUUUUCAACGGACUAAAUCGGAAUUUGAUUCCCAAAAGUCGUAAGAAAAGGCUACGACUUCAAAAAGUGUUUGCAGGACAGUUAAAAAGUUUACGACCAGCCUACAAAACUUCGGACAUUCAAAUGUGAUCUGUGAAAUAUAAAUAUACGAAAUAAAAAACUGAAAAAUAAAAAGUGUUGAAUGAUACAUAUCCAAACUUUGUUUACCUUUGGCGCCGCAGUGGAUGGCUUUGACAUUGGCGCCACAUUUGCAUCCGGGAAGGUGUAAAUAUUCAUUUCUCUUAGCUGGCAAAGUUGCUGCCUGCUUUUAGCAUAAUUAAGCGCAUCACCACGCCUCCCUGUCGCCCUUAUACUAAAACUACUACACAAAGCACUCGGAGGAGGACAAAAAACUUGGCCAGAGCCUUGAAACUUUGAAGAGCAGCCGCCAGUCAAAGCAGCUUUAAGGUUCUGUUUUGUGUUUGCCCCUCGCCAGGAUCCGAAGUGAAGGCGAACUGCAUGUUUUUCUUUCAGGAUAACCCAGCAUGUAACCACUUGAUGUGGCACAGAGCAGAGCGAUGAGGCGCCGGACUUUGGCCACCACCGCAGCAUGUCCUUGUCGGAACGGAACACACCCAGCCAUGGGCAGGGAGCAGGGGCAGGAGGUGGGUCCGGUGGAUUGUCGGGCGGGACGCAUCGCCAGCGGCCACCGGACGUGGAGGAGGCACUCUCCUCAAUGCUGUGGACUCCCUAUGAGCGGACACCCCUGCCUAGUUCCUCGGAGGAGGAGGCCGAGGAGGAGGACGACGAUGAGCGGCUCAAUAGACAGCUUCGCAAGUCCCAUAGCAGCUACGAGGCCUCGGCCCUGAACCAUCCCCACCACGCCCACCUCGCCCUUUUUGCCCACCACCAGCAGGCUCUGGACAGCGGUUCUGCCCUGCUCCUGCCCCCCGUGCCUUCGUUUCCCCCGUUUAGUUUAAGCGCCUUUGAUGCAGCCAUCGCUGGCUUCGAUCACCUGUCCAAGGUGGGCUUCGCUACCAGCGGUGGGAGUGGCAGAAGGAAUCGGUACUCAUUCCCCGCCUACCAAGGAAGCCCUUCGCGCACAUUGACCCAAUGGUGCUCCUCCUCCGCUGCCACCUCAAUCAAAGAGCCACCCUCCUACGAGUCACUGUACACCGCCUCCAGCUCAAAGGUUGGAGCUCCUCCUGCCACGUCUCUGGUUUUUAAGGCCAGCGGGGAUGUGGGAGUGGGCCUCGAACCAUGUGAUAGAUCGCAACGAUCGCCAACGAAAGCAGCAGCAGCCGAGGAUCAGGAACGGAAUGAGUCCGGAUCUAAGGCUGCUCCACUAACGGCUAAAGUUCCAGCUGGAUUGGGUCUAAGGCGCUCCUUUACGGAUGACUACAUUUCGCAGAAUUGUGCUCCAUUCACGCCAGCAACUGCAAUACAGCAUGACAGCAAAACUGAGACAACGGCAACGGAAACACAAAGCCCAGCAACGAAUGCGAGAUCACAACAAAGCGAGGAAAACCCAAGCAGCAGCGCAGCGAAUUGCAUUAUCAAUGAACAGAGAGACGAAGCGGCAACAGCAACUGCAACUGCAACAGCAACAUCAGCAGCAGCAAUAUCGGGAGGGAAUGAGGAAACCAGCUCGGUGGCUGUGCAGGUCAGUCAACCUGUUUCCUGUGCCGCCAGAGAGCGAAGAGAGCUGCUGAGAGCCAGCAACACGAUAGUAACGCGAGACAGCAGCAACACGAGCGUCGGCAGCAGCAACAUCAGCGGCGAGCGCUCAGCGAUCAGUCUCUCGGCAACUUUCGGCGGGCCAACAACGAACGCGAGCAAUCGGAAUUGCUACUACGCAGGUAGCAGCAAUAGAAGUAGCAGCAGCAGCGGCAACUAUCGCCCACUGUACGAUACGAGCAGCAGCAGCAACGUGCUGCGACCCAACAAAUGUUUGGCAGAACUCGAGCGUCUGUAUGCCGAAUUUCGCGCGAGUGAAAGCAGAUUCGAGCGCGGUCUGAGCCAGUUGGACAACGAAAACGCCAACGCCAACGUUACCGCUAGCGAAAUGCGUCUAAAUGUGCCAGCCACUGCUGGUAGCGCCACCAGCAGCAGCAAUAGCAACAACAACAGCAAUUGCAGCAGCAGCAGCAGUAGUGUGUUUCUUAAUGUGUCCGGCAGCAGCAGCACCGACAAUCAAGUUGUCGACGAGGCCAAGAGCAUCAGCAAUAUUGCGGUGCUGCCAGCAGCAGCAACAUCCAAGUCCUGCCAGCGACAGCCGAGCCUAACGAUCCAAGUGAACAACAACAGCAAUACUAACGGUACUAAUAACGGCAAUCGCGUAUCGGUGGCUUCGCCCACGAGCAUCGUCAACAACAACAACGGUGUCUGCGUUGUCAACUGCAGCUACACCCCCAACAGCAGCAGCAGCAACGACAGCAACACCAGCAACAUCAGCAACAAUAACAGCGUUGUUGAAAUUAAUAAUUGUGUGCCAGCAGCCAAAGUGUUCAGUGCAAGUGUUCAAAAUAAUCUAAAUAAUAAUAAUGGUAAUCCCCCGAGCGGGGAUCAGCAGCAACAUGUUGCUGCUACUGCCACGGCUAGCAAUAAUAAUCACGUGCAGCCUGAUAACAGUGUGAAUAUAAUCAAUGUGAAUGCCAGCAACAAUAACAACAAUAGCCAGCCACGCACCUUCACCUCAACGGAAUGCCAAACGGAUGAUCUCUCAGCCAGUACAUCAUCCAGCCUGCAGCAGGCGCAGCAACAACAUCAGCAGCAGCAGCAACAACAACAAGUCCGGACACGCGAGCAACGUCGCAAGGAGCGAAGGGAACGCAGACAGCAACAACAGCAGCAGCAGCAACAACAACAACAGCUUCCGCCACACCAUCCGAGACGUCAUCCGCCACCGCCUCCUCCACCCCAAUUACACCCACCCCCACACAUGCACCACCCACAUCCCCACCCACUUCCCCAUCCUCAUCCCGCCGCCAUGGGAUUGGCCCGUGCCCUGUUGCCGGACAUCCUGCACGCCCAUUAUCCGCCUCCCUAUACCGCCCUGCCCGUACCCGUUCCCGUGGCCAUGACCACUGCCCCGCCUCCACCGCCCCCGGCGACUGUUGUUGCUGCGGCUGCUGCUGCAUCAGCGGGACAGCAGCAACAUGCAACUCCGGCUCCACCGCCAGCGUUGACUUCCGUGAUAUCAACGGUGCCACUGCCUGGUCCACUCCCAGCGCCCCUCAUGAACGACGGACGCUUCACGCUGCCUCUGCCCAUCAUGCGCAGGUCCCCCUCGGAGAGAUCGGGCAAAGGCUGUUGUGGGCAAUGGUUUGCCGGACCGCCGCUGCGAGCCCUCAUUGCCGUCGUCGCAUUGGGGGGUGUAGCUUGCGCCUUGGGCGGAGCGGCCUUGGGCGCCACUGGCCUCGCUGGACCACCCAACUCCCACCUCACGGCCGCCCUACUGAUGAUAGGAGUUGGCGUUGUUUUGGUGACUGUAAGUGGAGCUGCCUGGCGGAUGACGGCGCCGGGCGGCCAAAGCUGUCUGGGAAUUGGACUGGGAACUAGCGUGGAUCUCGGACGGUGCGGUCGUAGGCCCUGUAGUCGAGGUGGUGGAGCACCGCACGGACUGCUCUAUCCGGAGUUCCAGCACCGCCCACCGCCGCCCUCGUACCAGGCCAGCAUGCAGGAGUACCGGCUGAGACUUUUGCUGUUGGACCGCGAUCGCCAGAAUGGCGUGGUGCGUGGAAAUUCGCCGCCGCCCACUUAUCGAUCUCAUGCGGGCAGCCUGCUGAGAGCUCCACUGACCACCUUGCGAUCCGGAAUGGGAGGGGGAGGCAAUGCCGGUGGAACCAUUAGCAGCAGCAUGGGAGGUUCGGAGUACAGUUUACCGCCCAGCUACCGCUCCAGAAAUGCCACACCCGCCAGUCUUGUGUGCAGUGAACGGAACAUUGAGACGGCUCCAUCUGGCAGACUGCUGGCCAACGAAGAUCUACAACUGCCGGAGCCAUCGGUGGUGGAGCAAUUGCCGGACUACACGGCGUUGCAGUCGAACACAUUGCUCACCUCGGCCAUUGUGGAGAUAGAGUCCUCGAAUAGGAUUCCAGAUAGAGAAUCUAGCACAACAACAACAACAACAACAGGAGGAGCAUCAGCGAAGAGCAAAAACAAGGAUCUGGUGACGAUAGUUACCAUUUCCCAGUCACCUGGAAGCACCCACAGCCAAACGCAAACCCAAACGCAAACGCAAAAUCCAGCUGGCCAGGCCAGCACACUCGAUCAGAUCGAUAUAUUGGCGCAUCUGUAGCGAUCGAACUGAACUAACUUACGUAACUUCAGUUGGAUACUUCAGAUUCAGACACUCGUUAACCCAAAGGUAUUUAUUUGUACGGAACUCAAGCUGCUCCUAAAUGAAUGUAAUGUAACCCCUAUCUGUAACCUGUAAUCUUUAAGCGGCGUUUAGCUGUUAAGAUGUUUGUUGUACUUGAAUGUGUUGAAUUUAUUUUUGUAAGCAUUAAGCAGAUGCGCAGCGUAGUUAUUACGAAUUCUAGAUACUUGCAAUUAUACAUACAUACGCCACUACCCAUUAAAGUAUUAAAGUAUCCAAAAACAAAAACAAAAAAAAAACAAAAACAAAAACAAACAAACAAAAAUGUUGAACAAGAGAAACUUUGAGCUCAGACGACAACUAUCAAACUGUAAAUACGAUGAAAUUUCGAAUGCAUUUCUAGCAACUAAACUAUAAACCAGGCCAGAAACGAAGAGCAAAAACUAAGUAUAUAGUGUAUGUAGAUAUGAGUAUCCCCUUGGGGUAUACAUAACUCGCAACGGAACGCUACGGUGACAAAUUUGGCGCGCACUUUCGGAAACCACGAAUAUCCAACUGAAUACUGAACUUCGAUGUCGAUUUCGAUUUCUGAAUGCGUUUCGCACAAAAAAAUAAAACAAAAUAGGUAGACCUACCCCUAAUUGAUAUGUAAGUUACGACUAAUUGUACGCGUGUCCUGCACGAGUACAACACAUACACAUACAUACACACACACACACACACACAAACAAACAAACACACUCGAAAACUAACUUAAAGUCCUUUAACGUAAUGUGCAAGGCAACGUAAACUAAACAUGAGAAAUAAAACCCAACAAAUCGUUGAAAAAUGCCACAAAAA